CUAAAAUACACUACAUAAUAUAGCGUUAAUAUACCACUCGCGUCCCCAGGACUUGGUCGUAAAAUUACUAAAAAUCAUAUAUAUAAGGGGAAUAAAUGUGUGUCGGCAUAAUGGCAUUCUGCGUGGUCGUCUGAAACCAGUUAGAUUAUUAAUUAGUAGUGGAAAUAACAAAAAAAAAAAAAAAGAAUAAACACGUUCUUUAGUUUAAACAACGAAAUGCUGUUUAAUUUAUUGUUAUGUGUUCUAGUUGUAGUAAAUUACUUUGUUAUGUUGAAAGAUCUUGAUUAGGUUAAAUUGGUUCACUCAUCUUUCUAUUAGACAUUCCUGGACGUAAUUUUUCUAGUAUUAAGGUUAAAUAUCAUAUCAUCCCGUCACUUACGGGUUCUCGAUAUCUAGUGAACACAUCAGUGUUUUCUUGAAAAAACAAAGGUGUGCUUAUUUGCAUGCAGCACACGUUAUAGCCACGUGAACACGAGACAGCUGUCCUGUUAUUAAACAGAUUUUUUAAAAUAAUAAUUUGGCCAAGUUAAUGAAGUGUCAAAAUCGUGUGAAAUGUGUAAUAUUUACUAGCAAACGUAUGCAUAAUAAAUGUAAUCGCUGUAAAGCGAAUGAUAUUUCUUCGUGGACAAAUGACAUGUUUACGGUGAUAAAAUAUUGUCAACGUUAUUUGCAUUGUACUAUAUUUAUAAGGAGAAGCAUUCAGUUGUGGCGCUGCUAUUAUUUUAUCGAACAAUCACUUUUGAUAAUUUUAUAGCGGUUGGUAAAUUGUUCGUGGCACACGUGUUUGGAUGGCAAAAACCGUUUUCGUACAUUGUAUUCUACAGGCUGGUGUCCCUGUCGGCCAUCCCGUACAAUUACCAACCCUACGCCGUACGAAUCGUUUUUGAAUAUUCUCCCGCACUCGCCGCCAAGUGUAUACACACAGCUGCAUGCUCGCGGCGGAACGCGACGGGGUGUCGGCUAUAAAUUACCGUGAAGCCACCAAGGUAGAUAUUUCCGAAAUGUGUUCAUUGUUCGUCUCACACGGGAAUUCAUGGAUAGUUCUUCAUCCCAUACAACAUGAUUUUCGUAUAACUUCUUUGAAAGGAGAAUUUAUCAAUAAAUCGAUUGGAGAAUUAAAAGUUGAUUAUAAUCAAUAUUACGAUAAGCAGUAUGUAAAUGUUUACAUAAAAACGUAUACAAAAAUAACUCCAUGCAAUGCUAUAAUAGAACUUAUAAAAUGUAAAGAACAUUUUUUAGACUGUAAACAUUUAAAAACUUUAACUUGGAAUAAUUUUUGCGAAUAUAUGGAAUUUGGAAUGUCUUUAAUAAAAAUAGGCUCAAAAAAUCGUGAAAUAAAAUGUCCUAUUAUGGGAGAAUAUGUUUUAAAAAAUAUUACUUAUGAUCCUACAACAGCAAUUCCAUUUUUUUUUGCACCAACUGAAAAAUGGUGGGAAUAUACGUAUAAGCUCAAUUUAAUUGCUUAUGGCUGUUUGAGUAAUAAGCUGAUGACAUUUUACUGUGAAGUAUACAUUUUGACUUACCGGCUAAAAAGAAAACUUGAAUAAAUUUUAUCAGUAAAUAAUAUAUAAUAGAUAAAUUAUUAUUAUUAGGCAAACAAAAUGCUUUUAUAUGUUUUGUUCAUAGUUAAGCUUAUAAUAGUUUACUAAUGGUUGUAACCAAGAAAUUACAAUUUUUUUUAUUUCUAAUCGAUUAUUGUAAUCAUACUUACUAAUAAUAAAUGUUUGUUAUUAACAAAGAUAGUUAUUUAAACUAAAUUUAGCUAACACAAUAUAUUAUU